UUGACAAUAGAGAAGAUGAGUUCCUGGUCUAUUCUAAUAAAAUAUACUGGAAGUGCUGUCCAUGUUGGUCAAGUUAGAUAGCUGCUUCCAAAUAGAUUUUUUUUUUCCUCCACAGAGAUGCAGCAUGUGAUGAUGGCGGCUGUUUUUACCUGAGGUGGAGGAGAAUUUUAAGGAAAGAUGAAACAGUUCAGCUCAGAGGACUCAAACCUACUUUGGAGGACACAGAGAGAAGAGAAGUAGGAAAAUAGAUAAAGAACUUUUACUUCCCAAUGCCAUUAAAAUCCAGGUAGUGACCUGUAUAAAAUGAUCUGAGAAGGAAAAUAAGUUGGUGUAUCAACACAACGUCUCAUUAAGGGCAGAAAACAGUUUUCCAUGUAAUGGGCUUUUCUUCCUCUCCUUCACUUAACAAAAAGGAAAGCGACUAGUAGCUGCCCUCCUGGCUUCUGUAAGUUCUGAAUAGCUAAAUAGCUAAGGUGAGCCUACACCAAGACAUAAUAGAAUGAAAAUAGCCGAAGUCAAAGUCAAAGAGAGGAUUCUAAAGGUGGCAAGGGAAAAACAAGCUAUAAGCUGAUUUCUCUACAGAAAUGUUCUUAGCCAGAAGGGAGUGGCAAGAUACAUUUAAAGCCCUGAAAGAGAAAAAUCUGCAACCUAGGAUAGUCUACCCAGUAAGGUAAUUAUUUAGAAUAGAAGGAGAAAGAAAGAAUUUUUCAGACAAGCAAAAACUUAAAAGGAUACAGCAAUACUAAACCUAUCCUAAAAUAAAUAUUGAAAGGUCUUCUCUAAAUAGAAAAGAAUCAAGAAUCUAUAAAAAAGAGAAAAAUCACAUUUAGAAAUGCAGUAACUACAAUGAACAACAAAAGAAUAAGCUUGGAAAUGUAAAAGAGGACAUCAAAAUCAUAAAAUGUGGGGAAGGGGAGUAAGAAAAUGUAGAUUUUUUUCUUUCUUUUUAGAAUGUGUUUGAGCCUAUAUGGCUGCCAACCUAAAGCAAGUAGAUACAGUAAUGGGUUAACAUACCUGAAAAACAGUAACCACAAAUCAAAAACAUGCAAUAGAGUCACAAAAACCAAAAAGAAAAGAACUCAAGCAUAAUACACAGGUAAGGUGAAAACAGAAACCUUGAACCAGGCAGGGUGGCUCCAUCCACUCACAUGUGCUUGUGACUAUCUUUGAUGUACCAGGUGCUGUGUGCUAGGUCCCAAGGGCACAGUAAAAACAAGGUGAAACUAACAAAAAGCCUGGGGUGAUGGCUUUUGUGAAAUCGGAUCAGUAGGAUGAUUUGGGAAUGUAGUUAGCAGGCUAAUCUGGUUGGUGGGAGGCUCCAAGGGAAAGCCAAACUGAAGAAGUGGUAGUUAAGCUGAGACUUGGAGGCUGAGUAGGAGUAAGCCAGGUGAAAGGGAGGCAUGUUAAGAAGAAACAGAAUGUGCCAAAUACCUGGGACAAAAAAAAAAAAAGGACCUUGAAGAGCAAAGGGGAGAGCCUUCUGACAUAAGCUAGCCAAGAAGACAAGGCUGAUUGAGAUAUCAACGCCUUUUCUCCCUGACAGUGAAAAAGAAGUAGCAGUGGUGCAAUUCUGGCUGUGGCUGUCGGCCAGGUUUGAGAUGUGCCAGUCUCAGUGCCCCCUUCAUACCUUACAGCUGAACUGUGGUCAUCUGAUCUUCAACCCACUGAUUCUUCUAGACAAUUAGAUUUUAAGUUAUCAGCUACCCCCCCCCAGCUUUAUAGAGGUACAACUGACAAAUCUGUAGGAUGUUUAAAGCGUACAACAUGAUGAUUUGAUAUACAUAUAGAGUAUGAUAGGUUGUCUAAAAUCGAGUUCAUUAUUAACACAAGGUUAUCAGCUUUUAAAUCUUCGGGCUAACAAACUAUUAACUCUACAUUUUGUUACAGGUGUUAAGUUGGUACUGGGUGCCUGAGGGAGCAGGGGCCCCUGAGAUUUGUAAGGCCUCUUUGUGUAGCCCCUUCAGCCUUGCAGAACGUCUGCCACUGCAGGAGUCAACGUGACACUGCAUGCCAGCUCUGCCCUGGCCCCAAAGACAGCAACUUUUCUUUUUAAUUGCUUCCCAGUGAUGCUUUCUUCCUUCCAGGCCCUGGUCUGAUCCAGGGAGCCCUGGUAGGGAGCCAAGGGAGUGGUGUAUCCCCUUCUUCAAUGAGAUUCCUCCUCAGAGAAUAGCAUUGGGCAAAAUUUCUGUUACUUUUUUUGUCUUCCCUUCUUUAAUUUGACUCACUGGCUACCCAAAGUUGCCUACUUUGAUAUUCUCAACAUCCCCCCUCCAUCCAAGAACAACCCCAUUGAACAACAACAAAGAGAAGAAACGAUAAAAAGUUAAAACAUAGCUUGAGUAAUAUAAUACAGAGACAAUACAAUUUUGGGGGUGAAAUUAUACUAAAGUAUAAAUGACUGAAAUGUGCAUACCUUCUCCUGUCUCCUGUGUGGAAAGUAUCUUUUCUUUUGUAUGUUGUUAUUUUAACGAAGUUUGCAUAGUAGCCUGAGGUUUUAAUUAGCCAUUGGAUCAAAAUGAAGUCUUUCUAACUGCAUAAAGUACCUUAGACCACAAGGUCAUUUCUCUGAAACCUUUGGCACCAUACCAGUAGGCAGCCACAGAUAGUGCCAAAAGGAAUUAGACUCUGGUCUGAUUUUCAUAUAUUACUUGUUUUUUCCAUCUCAAAAUCUAUCAACUGCUCAAACCUGCAGAUACAAACAGGAACAAGCUGGGGAGAAGAGUCCCAGAGGGCGCUUCAAAGAUACUCUACUCCUCAUCCUAUGCGCCUCACCCCACUUCACACACACACUCCUCCAUGUAUCCCCUUGUCGGAGACCUACCCCAAGGUGAACAGCAUCCCAGUAAGUCUAAAGGCACUGACUGCUUCCUCAGCCGCUGGAUGUGCCAACCCACUCCCAUCCCCAAACCCGACCCUUCCACCGGACACUCAUUUGGGUCCUACAGAGGGUGAACCUGUCGCAGGAGGCGCGACUAGCAUCACCUGGCCAGGUCCACGGAGCAGGGCCCUAAGCCUGGGGAGCAGAGCUGCAGCCAUCACCCACCCGCAGCUUCACAGCCGGCUCUCCAGGACCCAGCUUAGGAGAGCGCAGGACCCCCUGUUUGGGGCUCUUUGUUCCCCGCCCUCCUGGUUCCUGCUCUCAAACCUUCCUCCCAGCAGCCCCCACCGGAGCACCCAACCUACAGGAAAGUUGCUCCCGAGCUGUGGAGGGGCGUCAUCGCCUCCUAGCAACGCUCCUAGCAACCGGGUAACAUCUGCUCCCUCUGGUCCAAUGCGAGCCGAGAACAGCUGCGCGCCCGCCUCGCGUUCAGAACCCGGAGCGAGAGGCGCUUCAGAGACUGGAGGGCCGGACCUGCAGGAGCCAGGGCUGCCCGCCGAGCUGCAGUUGCCGCUGCUGCCGCCGUCGCGCUGCUGCCGCCGUUGCUGUCAGCACCCUCUGAAGAGUGACAGCACCGCAAAAACGGGAGGGAGCACUGAACCCCGCGCCUUUAUGAAACAGGUGGAUGCGCCCAUCUCCUGGUAGCCAUUCAUGAGCCUGAGGCUGUGAGAAAUGCUUGCUGUGCAAAGGGGAACUCUCACCAGAUUUUCUGAAGCUGUCCUAGAAAUACACUUUUCAGAUUGAUUCAGCAUUACCAGGUAAUCACUAACUUAAAAGAAAUCACUGUUUAAAUAUGUAUCCAGAGAAAUAAAUGCUAAUGUAGCAUUGCCAUAACUUACAAGAUCAAUAUAAGAGGUUGCUUAUAUAGAGGGUUGCUGGGUAGAAGUCAAUAGAGAUUUUCUGUAGAAAGGACAUUUGUGGGCUGGCAGAUUUUCGUAAGACCCAAGUGAAUAGGGCGGGACAAGUUAGGUAGCCUGGCUUGAGGGAAAAUAUUAAGCAGAAACCUUAUGAGCACACGGGUGCAUGUGUGAAAUGAAGGCAAUGCAGAGAGCUCCCCAAGUUGCAGGAAGAAAUUGUGGUGAUUUUUAAAAUUUAACUUGUAUUGAGGUCAUAGUGAUAGAAACCCAUGAGUGGUAAGCAUUUUAAACUCAGUUUUCAAGAUAUAAUACAGUCUCUUAAUGUGUGUUCAGCCCUCCAGGGUUGUAUAACUUUCACAUGUACUGAGCUAUCAGUGUCCAGUUCCUAUAAGUAACCAGCCUGGCAAAUUACAAUCAAACUCAAGAAAAUAUACCAUGUCAUAUUUCUUCCUUUCCCUUACCUUCCCUCUCUUUGUAAAAAUAAAUAAUUGAACAACUUUACUUAGAAAUCUAUUUGAAAAUGUAUUCUGGUCUAGUUUAUUUUUAUAGUUUUUAUAGAUAUCAUGGGACUUUAAAGUUGCUACUCUCCAUAGUCACUCACUGAAAUAUCUAUAGCUUAAUUAUUUCAAGCAUUAAAGAUGACUGACUGACACAACAUUGUAAAUUGAUGCUUCAAUUAAAAAAUAAAUGAAUAAAAUUUUAAAAUAAAUAAAAAUUAAAAAAAUAAAGCAAUGCCCUCAUAGAGCUUAUUCGUUGUAAAAUUAAAUGAUAUUUCCUUGUCUCAUCUGUUAAAAAAAAAAAAACUAAACUUGGAAAGAAGACCAAAAACAAAAGAUGACUAUCUGAACCAUCAAAAUAUUAUUUUCACUAGUCUUUAAUACCUCCCACCCUUUUUCCUUACUCCGUCAUAAUUACUGCAUUUUAUGGUGAGAAACAAAUCCAAAGAGACCAGUAAGAUUUACUGUCGCCUGUCCUGAGAUGCAUGCAGAGCUCUAGCCAUGCUAUCAAUCUGAGGAAAGUUUGAGUAAAGCAGCCACAAGUAUUGGCUCAUGUAUAUGCAUUGGUCUUGUGCAUUAGUAAUUUAUACACAUCCUAUCUCUUUGUAAUAUGCAUAGAAGUUUAAAAUCAUUCAGUGCCCUUUAAUUUAUGUGAAUGAGUCUGCCAUUUCAUUGAGACCACUGUCACAAUCAAAAGGUCAAGUGAAAGGGGUUCUUAAAUUUUAAUUUUGAUUCUAUCAUGAAUGUAUAAUGUGUGGGAUAUUUACUGUGAAAUUUUGAUGAACAUAUUCUGUUUAAACAAAUUCAUCAGAAAAAGUUAUGGAAUUUUGUUUCAAAAAAAUAAAUCAAGUAAAUCAGUAUAAUGUAAGCCUUUAAUCCUAGAGACAUUGGUAGAUCCUAAGUUAGAGCAUGAAAUAAAUUCCACCAAUUUGUGGUUAAGGAUCUGUCCCUCUUGUCAAUGGGAACACCAGCUGUACUUGUACAUAUCAUAGUGUACAAAGAGGGGUGUAUUUAGGGUCAUAAGAUUUAGAUAAGGCUGAGAUUUAAGCAGGUUAAAACUGCAAUCGAGUUCUAAUUCCAGCUUUUUCCUCAUAUACUCUAUUUGGAAGUUUUUAGGUGUUUAGGAACAUUCCAUGCUCAGUUUUGUGUCAUAUGACUUUCAUGAGAUUUAGCAGAUGCUUUGAAACAUGGAGAAAUGCUGAAAGGUUUGAUCAAGAUGCUGAGCCCUUGCCUCUACAUCUGGGCUCUCCACAGAGGCCUCGUGCCAGCUGGCUUUAGCUGUCAAAACACUGGCAUCCCAACAAUAGCUUAGGUAUAAAAGCCAAGGUAUAACCAGCUCAGGUUGUUCUGUCAAAGCAGUCUGCUUCAGAAACCCAGAAAAGGCUAAAGUAAAGUAAUGAUUUCAGAAACAGAGGAUAAAUUGACCAUAACACUGCAGCACUAAAACUUAGGAAGAAGUACACCUUCAGGUACCAGGAGGCACUAAUCCUUGUCAACCCUCCCCACCCUCAGCUUUAUUUUUAAUAAGUUGUCUGUCUAAAUAGUCUCAAUACUUUACCGUUUCCCCUUUUUAGUCUAACACAAUUAUUUUUUAUUUUUUCCUGGCUAAAUAUAUUCUAUCAGGCUAAAAACAGAGCCACCUAUUUUGCUGCAGUAAUUCUCAGUGGGGUGUAGGAUUUUAAAGAGUACUUAGGGUUUGCUAGUGUUAUGUUUGGUAAUGUAGUAUAAUUUAAUAUUUAGAAAAACUUAAACCUUUUUCAUGUGAUAAGUUACAGAAAGUAAAAUGCAAUAAGAAAAACCUUGGUGGGUAGAGAUACAAGAGUCUUCUAAGUAUCAGUGAUGAUUAGGAAGGAAGGAGCAGAGAUUUAAAGCUGGGAAAUCCCCUCUGUGGUGAUACAUCAGAGUUUGUGUUAAAUAUUAAAUGCUUAUUAAAAGGCAAUGUGGGUUAAGUCAUCACGAGAGGCUGGAGAUACUGCAAGGAGAUUCAGGACUCAGGAGCCUGGGGUCUCAGGUCUGUCCCCAUGUGCUACUCAUUUUACUGCUUUAUGGCUCAGUUCCUCCAUGUCUAACAUGGGGGAUAAGAUCAUCUCUUGGGUGCCAUGCUUGAGUUGACACAAUGCAGUUUAAUGAAGCACCUACCGCUCUUUAGAAUAAAGGUGCCUUGUGAAUGAAGAACAUUUCGCUAUUAGAACACCUCCAGGUGGCAACACCAAUCGGACACCAUAUGAGUGAGGGCAGAGGAUCAACCAACUCCAGAGCAAAUUCUUAUACAGUCAGCCCUCGGCGUCUGCAGACGCGGAACCCGCGGAUACAGAGACGAAUGCUCCAUAAGGGGCUUGAUCAUCUGCAGAUUUCGGUAUCCGUGGGGGGUCCUGGAACCAAUGCCCCGAUACUGAGGGACGACUGUAUAUUCUUGGUAAAGGUAAUGAUUGGUUCCAUUUUAUGUUUUUGUACUACCUUUCUGGGAUAUCAGGCUAAAUGUUUUGGUGAUAUACCCAAACUUGACAGUGGUGUCAAAGUGGAAGGCAGUGAGGGUGACACAGAUGAGGUACUUCUCAAAAGACCACUGCUGUGCGCAUAUCAGGGAUUAAAAACCCUUCUGAGGGGCGGUAGAUCACAGGGUUCCCCUGCGAAACCCACUGCACUUGGUCUCUCUCCUUAAUGGGGCCAGAUCGUGACAGAGGUGAGGCUUCCGUGCAGCAUCACGGGGAAUUUCAUGAUUACAUGGCUGGUCAUAUCCCAUAUAAUGAUAUUCUCUUUGGUUCAUAAACCAUCACCACUGGAACAAGAUGCGCAUGUGGAACUGGUGGUCUUGUCUUUAGCAUUCCACGUCUGUGCUUGGGGCUAUCCCCAGUGCUGCUGGUUUCUUGAGAAACAUGUUUAACUCUCUGGCUGUCAGUAGCCCUGGAAGUUCCCAAGAAAGUUUUCCAGGAGCUGCAACUUUUGGUCAUUCUGUGCUGCCGGUGGAGUCAAUCAUGUGCUUUGCAUGGAUGAUAAUCUGAAGGAAUAGAUUACUCCAUUGAUUCAGAGCUAAAAACUGGCACUGAGUUCUGUUCCUCUAGAGCAUAUUAUCCAGAAGGGUGCCAGGCAAGGGGUCAUGAGGGGGAAGGCUGAUGGCACAUUGCUAAAUAUCAACAAAGCUGAAGGUCUGCAGAAGGCACAGCCUUCCAGCCUUGAAUGUUGCAUGUGUCUGCCUUCUUGAAUGUACUCAUGUAUUUUUCACGCAACCUGGGCUCACCACUAAAGAGAGGACAAACGUCUCCUGUACAGCAUAGCGCUGCCGAGUAGCAUUUAGAUGUAUGACUUCCAAAAUGAGGCCACUGCAAUAACUAUACCUAAUAUUUAUUGAGCAGAAAAUAUGUGGAUAUAUGAAGGCACUUAGUAAGUGCUUUUUAAAUGUCAUCUUAUUUCAUCCACAUACAAUUCAAUGAGUUCGAUAUUUGGCCUGAAUUAAUCGAUGAGGAAACUCAAGCUUUUUGAGAUUAAGCGCUUUGUCCAAAGUCACUAAGAAAAUAAAUUGUAGACCUGGGAUUUGAACCAGUGCCAUGGGACGGCCCUAGAAGGUGAUGCUGAAAUAUUUGAAACCAUGCAGCAAGGUGGUGGAAUGUGGUUCACAGUGACAGAUGGAAUAACUCUUUCUAAACAAAAGUGCCCAUGGUCCUUCAGGGAGGAUUUCGGUAGCUUUGCAGUGAGCACAGCAUUAUUUAGAUAGGAAAGGAUAAAGGCUUUUUAAGGUUCGUGCCAGGCUAACACCAAGCAAAGAGAAAUGAACGAGAGACAGGAAGCCGGGGCCCUUGAGUUGCCUACAUCAUGAGUCAGUUGUUGAUCUGAGACCAGAACCACCUUAUUUUCCCCAUUGAUCAAACUCUUCUUUUGUCUUUGGCUACAGAUGCACACAUCCAAUAGGAAGGUCUCAAUUCUGGUUUCGCAGUGUGUUGAUUAAGGUGUUGUAGGGAAGAAAAUGAAAACCAAAAUUAAGAUACGUUGACCAUCUCUCUGGCUCUUCAUGGUCUUGGACAAAGAAUGGGUUACUAUGGCAGGAGUUGUUCCUUUAUUACCGUCUGUACUCUCGAAGUGUUUGUAAACUAAUCUGUGGAUGAUAUUUCCUUAAUGUACUGCCCGUGGGCUGUGCACCAAAUGAAAUCACUUUUGUACGAUAAUAAGAUUUCAGUUGUCUGGGGGCAGAAGCAGAAGAAGAAGGAAGAGCCUUUGACCAAUCAUUUGUAAUUACAUUUAAAACAUUUAUUUAAAGAAAUAGGUAUAAAUUGUACCAUCAGAACUCUGAUGACAGGGAUGGUCAUUCUGUUCUGUGACUUCUAAUUUGUUGUUUGUUGAAGUCUUGGACUAGGAAACCCAGUGAGGGUGGCACAGAUAUUUUAUGUGCCCAGAGGUUAGAGCAUUACAAACAAUCUGAAUGUUCAAGCCAGCAUUAGCCAUUUUACUUUCAGAGAUAAAUUUAGGCUCAGCCUAAUUCAGUUUUAUAAUUUAUAUGCUCAGGAUGCUGACUAUGAAGAUUUAAGGUCAUUUUACUUUUUCUGGUCUAUUUCAUCAGCUUUAUUUGAAUAACAGGCUGGUCUGAGUUUGGCUUUUUAAUGGUGGGAGAAUUAUAGGAAUAGGUUUACAUAUGUUUACUGGGUCAUAACAGAGUGACCUUCUUUGGAAAUUCAGAGUGACUUUAAUUAAUUCUCCAAAUGACUAUCUGGAUGUUUUUUAAAAAGUUACAUUUCCUUCACCCAAAAUGUACAACCAGCGACAAUAAAUCCAGAAGCAGUUUCUUGGAGCUGUUAGAGAACCUGUACUAUUUUCAACCUGACCAUUUGAAAUAUUCUUUUGCAGUGUUUUAACUUUCUAAUCAUAAUCUAGUAUCUCUAGGAGGCAGGGUGGUGGAAAGAGUCUCAGGUCAGAGCUGGGAGGCCAGGCUGGGAUCUGCUUCUGGGAUAGGUCUGUGCCUCUUGGCACUGAGAAGAGCUAGGAUUGAUUGAGUGCUCACUAUAUGCUAGGCACAGUGCCAGUCACUUUCCACGAAUUAUUUCAGUGAUCCUGUGAGCCAGUAUUAUUUCUAUCCCCACUUUACAAAUGAAAUUUGUAAAGAAUUUAUGUAUUUUUCUCAAGGUCACACAACUAAGAAAUGUAUGAGCUAGACCACUUCCAUCUGACUUCAAAACCCAAACUCUUAGCCACACACCAGUUUGGAAAUCAUUGAACCCUUCUGGGCCACAGUUUCCUCAUCUGUAAACCUUGUAGGCUGAACCAUGUGAUCAAUAAAUAGUUUCCAGUUCUGAAUUUUUUGAUUUUUCAUCCAGCCAAGAAAACAGAUGUAGGAACUUAUGUUUGCUAUAUAUUUUAGCCUCAAAGUGGCUAAAGGCAUCCUCCAAAAUGGGAUGCUGAAAACAUUGCAAAUAGCUAAACAGCAUGUGAGGAAGUAAUUGUCAAGCUGAUACCAGCUGUGAGAGCUUUUCAGCAUUUCAACAACCCAUGGCGGUAUUUUUUAAGAGCAAUAAACUAAGUGGCUAAGUGUGUUGCCUAUGGAGCUGAGACACAAAUCCAGACCCCUGAGAAUUUACUGUGUUUCCAGGCUCUAAUGUAUUCUCUAUCUUACGGUAACUGCCUGAAUAUAGCAGACAGAAUCUCUAUAAACCUUGGAGCUGCUGGUGUAAAUUUUGGUCUUGAUGUUAAAUAAAAAAUAUCUUUUCCAGAUCAUCACUUGGUUUAUUUGACAUUUGGUUCUCCACACUGCCACCUGCCCUCCCUUGUGUCAUUCAUUCAGUGGUUUUUAAUUAAUGGUCAUAAAUGCUCUAGACAUUGCAUUACCUUGUAAAAUAAAAUGAACAGACAUAGGUAGAUAGAUAGAUAGAUAGAUAGAUAGAUAGAUAGAUAGAUAGAUAGAUAGAUAGAUAAUAUAUACAUUUCCAAAUUUUUCCUCACCCUUUCCUGCACUAUAGUAAUUCAUUGAACCUUGUUAACAAAAAAUCAGUGACCUGUCCAGCUAUUAUGCUAAUAAGUCAUCGAUCCUUCUCAACGUGAACCCAGGAAUUUAUGUUGAAAAGUGACCUCAUUCUUCGCUGUUUAGUUAAAAUGGAGUCUGGCUUUACUCAUGACGCUAAAGCUUCUAAGCCAAGGUAGCCCAUGUCACAAUAGCAGUAAGAAAACCAAAAACAAAAAUCAAUCAAGCCGAUUGCCUGGCAUUCUGAUGAUUAGGCAAUCAGGUGAUUGGCUGAACGUUCUGUUUUUCAACUUUUUGUCAGUGUUACUACUACACUUGCUUAAUGCUAUGACACAGAGGCUCUCAAAAUGCAGUCCCCAGACCUGCACCAUCAGCUCCACCCGGAAAUUUGUUAGAAAUAUAAACUCUCUACUGCUAGCCGACACCUACAGAAUUGGAAAUCUGGGGGUGGGACCCAGCAGUCUGCAUCUUUAGGAGCUCUCUAGAUGAUUCUGUCACUCACUGACUUUUGAGAACCACUGCGGCAUCAACUAAGCAGUUUGAAAAGAAAUCAGUAACAAUACUUAACUGUCAUCACAGAACAACUCAAAGCUUUACCUACUUAUUUGACUAAAUCCUUAAAAAAUACACCUAAGCAGAUGUAGUUUACUGAAAACAGCCCCUGAGAAAACUGGGCUCAGCGAUGCUUCCUUUGUUUUCAUCACAAUCGAUUUUAUUCUCCUUUUUCCUACUCUUUUGAAAUACGUAAAAAAAAAAAACAAAACCCAAACCAUACAAACUGAGAUAUGCUUAUUGAAUUCAGGAAUUGUAUACAGUAUAGCAAUUAUUGACUUUCUUUCAACUGUAGACGGUCAUUUACACAUUUGUCUCUUUUUAGGUCAGACACACCAGUGGUUUAAAAUUCUUAUUUCCCUUACAAAACAUGCCAACUCUAAUUUAAGGCUCUCUUGGGUUUAUAGUUCACAGUGGAAUGCUUUCGGUGUGAUCUUUGUAGCUUCUCCUGCUGGUUCAGGAAAAACAACCAGCUAUGAAAAACUGCAGGAAAUGUUGCACAGAUGCCACCGAGUGGAGGAAGAACUUAGAAGAGGCAUGUUCGUGAAGAGCACAUAUUUAAGAUUCAAAAAAUUUAAAAUGUUAGAGGAAGAACAGCAGAUGUGUUCACUGUGAAUUUCUUUAACCAGCACAUUAAUAAACUACUCAUUUUGUGACUCAAAUGGUUUUAAUACCUAGAAAUAUUUCAGGCUGUGUUUAGGGGUCAAAUUCAUGAUGCUUAAGUAUGAACUUUCUUUCUGAUCUGGCCCACUGAGGUUGAAUGAGUAAAUACCACUUGAAUUCCAGAUUUGGUGUUUUCACUAUAUCUAUCUUCAGCUUCUGAGGCAGAACUUGACUCUUUUCUGUGAUAUGAGCACCACCUAGCGGACACACUAAAAACUCCCUUUCAACCAAACCUGAAAAUCUUUCAGAACAGUGUUUUUCCUUAAACAAGUCAGAACUCAUAACAAUAAUAUUUUAAAAGAGGGAAUAAAAAUUUUCACUUUCAGAAAUUAUACCAAGGUCAAGUUUUCUAGUCAUUACGUUGUAUAAACCUUUUAUUUACUUACAGUUAACAUCUAUUAAGCAAUGUGUUAUGAGGAUGGUUAUACCAUGACCAUGUCUUAGUGUUUGUCUGUAGACACGCAGUUAUUUCUUUAAAGGAUUAAUUGGGUCACCAACCAUUUUAAACAAAUUUAGUGCCUAGCAACAUUAAAUGCCCUCUGUAAUGAGGCAGUUGAACUAAAAGAAUGAUGAAAAAUAACAUCUCCUUUCAUUGCAUUUUGGGCAUCAACUUCAAACCUGGGUAUGUUUUGACAUUCAAUGGCAUGGAAUUAAAUAGAGGAUUGGUAAGUAUGCACUUUAUUUCUGAGGGGCUGCAUAAGGAAAUAACUAUAAUUCUCUGAUGUAGAACAUCUAUUUUGGGUCUGAAUAGUGUUAUUUGCCUGCAAACAGGCUUUUCAGCCACGGGACAGUUGAGUCUGUCUGCUUCACUACAUUGUCUAGUAAAUGAAGAGAGAAU